AAACGUACGAGGUGUGUUCGUCAAAACUAGAUUCGCUACUCGGUGUUGUAGACUUAUCCACCCUUUGCACAUCUCGAUUCAAUUAAAGCGGCAUCAGCGUUCUUAGUUACGCAGAAAGAAAUCGAAUCUACAUUGACUGCAUUGACGAGAUGAAGAUCCCAUUGGUCCUAUUUGUUGGUCCAGCAUGGUUGUUCCUAUUCCAAGCUAUCAUCGUCUCUGCUGAAAAUGAGUGCAGGGACGAUCAGAAUUACCGUUAUUACGGUGAUGAUUGGAAAGGUAAGUGUGUCAGUCGUUUCGUUGUAUUUUUUCGAUCGAAUUUUUUCACGUUCAUUAUUUUCUGAUCUUCCUCGUAACUCGCAUGAUUCCAUUUGCCGAUUUUACGAUGCAGAUUGCAAAUGGAUCUACGACAACGAUCGAUGCGAUAGACAUGACAACAAGGACGAUCACCAUGUAGGGAAAUACUACUGCCCUAAGAGCUGCGGCUUCUGCAAAGAAAACGGUGCUUUCUUCUCCUACAAUGGGGAUGAUAAGAACCGAAAUGACGAUGCCGUCUUUUUUUUUCACGACGGCGACGAUUAUUCGAAUGGGGAUGAUCAGAAAUUGCAACACUAUGAUGAUGGUUGCUCCAAUGAUAAUGGAUUCCGGUAUGAAGGAAAGGAUUGGAAGGUAAGCCAUUCUCCACUGUACAGUUUCGGUUGAGGUUAUCCGAUCCAAUAUCUAACAGGUGAUAUAUAUAUAUAUUAUUUUUCAACCAAUGCCCCGCAUUGAAUAGGAUUGCGAUUGGGUGGCCGAGGAACGUUUUUGCGGUCGCCAGCACAAUGGAAAGAAUAUUGGAGAGCACUACUGUCCAUUGAGCUGCGGUUAUUGCGAUGACGAUGACUGGCAGGGCGGAGACGAUGACAAAUGGCAUUAUGAUGACGACAAAUGGCAUUAUGACGAUGACAUAUGGCACCAAGACGAUGACAAGUGGCACCAGGACGAUGACAAAUGGCACGCAAACAACAACCACAACUAUGACGAUGAUAAGGUAUAUCAUCACAAUAGCUAUGGCUGCAACGAUGACCAUGAUUUCCACUAUGAAGGAAAAAAUUGGAAGGUAAGUCAUUCACAACCACUCUAUCAGGGCAUUCCAUUGAGGCUGCCCGAUUCGUUUUCUUAUGGCCUGAAAACCUUAUUUGCUGCUUUACUUUAAACAGAAUUGUUUUUGGAUGGCUGAAGAGGGUCUCUGCAAUCGUGAAUAUAAUGGAAAGAAUGUUGGAAAGCAUUAUUGUCCUUACAGCUGCGGUCAUUGCGAUGACGAUGACAACCACCACAGUGACAACGAAUACUUUUGUUUCAGGUAUGACAACGAAGACUUCCGUUAUGACGGCAAAGAUUGGAAGGUGAGCAAUGAAAUUGAAUUCCUUUAGUCGGAAACGACAAUUGUAAUUGUGAUAUUAUCGUAUUGUAAUCGUAAUCUUGACAAGGAAAAAGGUAGAAAAAGGUAACUUACCCUUUUCACAUUUGAUUUCAAUUUGUUCCUUUCUCAAAGGAUUGCAAAUGGGUAGCGAAGGAAAAGCAUUGCAACUUGGAGCAAGACGGAAAGAAAAUAGGAAAAGAGUACUGUCCUUGGAGUUGCGGCCACUGUGAUAAUGAUAAGCCUCCUACGAGGAGACCUACACGGAGACCCUCUGGGCCCACAAGGAGGCCUACGGGACCCACGAGGAAGCCGACACGGAAGCCCACAAGGCAACCAACUCCACACGAUGGAUAUUGUUAUGACGAUAAGAAUUUUCGCUACAACGGUUAUAGCUCGAGGGUAAGCAAGGCAAAAGAAUGCAUAUAUAUCUAACAGCAAACUUCAAGAUUGCCAAAAGAACGGUCUAACCUAUUCAUCCCGCUACUCGUUGCAAUAUUCAACAGAACUGUCGCUGGGUUUAUGAAAACAAUCGUUGCGAUCGAUUUAAGCAUGGUUGGCAUGUUGGCGAGCAUUAUUGCCCGCGUAGCUGUGGAUAUUGUGACCAUGGGCACAAACCUACACGAAGGCCUACACCGAGGCCGACGCGGAGACCGACACGGAGGCCUACACCAAGGCCUAAUGCAUCGCACUGCCAUCAUCAUGUGGACGUAGAAAAAAAAUGCUAUGACGACUAUGAUGUUGACAACCUUAAAGUUUUCUUCAAGAAUUGUCAUCCGCAUGCCACCGAUUGGAUAGGAAUUUAUGAGGCCCACCACAAUGAAGAACUAGGAAACACUGAGGAAUGGUGGGGCAAAUCCUUCAUGUGGCAGAAGACCUGUGGAUCGAAGUAUUGUGAUUUUAGGAAAGAAGAGGGUACUGUUGAAUAUGAAACGUGGUGGUCGGAUUUAAGAAACGGAGACUACAGAGCAUAUUUGUUCGAAGAAGAUGGCUACCACGUGAAGUCCAAAUCCCAGUCUUUCAGAGUCGGCAAUUGCGAUAGUUGGAACAAGGAGCCUACCAGGAAGCCAACUUCAUCUGCUUGUCCUAGACCUAGUUCUGUGAAGGUCGAUCGCUAUUGCUAUAGAGACCGCCAACCCAACACAAUCAAAGUUCAUUUCGAUAAUUGUCACCCCGUGAAAAAGGAUUGGAUUGGAAUCUACAAGGCCCACCAUCACAGAAACUAUGUCAGCACACUAUCAUGGUGGGGUAACUCGUACAUGUGGAUGUUCGCAUGUGGGUCUAAGAAAUGUAAUUUCAAGACAGAGGAGGGCACGCUAAUUUUCGAAGAUUGGUGGUCGAGCUUGGACGAUGGUGAAUACAAAGCAUAUUUAUUCAGUGAUAACGGCUACGAUGUAAAGGCCGAGUCUGAAUUGUUCAAAGUUGGAAGCUGGUGUUAAAAAGGAAAAGAAUGAGUUUGUUGAUUCGAACUAGCGUUUGAGUCUCUCGAUGGUUGAUGAAUGUUGUAUGAUUUUCUGUAUAACUUGUUCGAUAAUUUUAUUUAUGUUGGAGGUUGGGAGUUCAAGGUCCGAACGCAAAGCCAGUGCUAAAUUUUGUAUAAUAGGAAUAUUUUGAGAUACUGAAUAUAAUGCGGUUAUGAUCUCUAGCUGGUUCAUUACAAUACCGUAGUAUUUUUGGAACGACAUGAAAAACGGAUUCUCGGGAUAGAGGAAUGAAAAAACUACGGAAUUGAUCGGAAACAGAAAAAACGAAAAAACACCUGAUCCGAUCCGAAACAGUAAAAACAAAAAAAACGCCUUAAAAUUUUUGUACUAUCUGACCUGCUUGCUCGCUCUUCGUCAAAUUACGUGCAUGCGCGCACGUGGUGGACAAAAGUCUCUGCUGACUCUCACAAUAUCGUUAAAUAAUUUAAAAAGCAGUUG